CAUGGGUGUAUUUUUUGGCCCACGAGAACGUGGCCGACGUGGCCACCGGCGGCGGGCGUACGCCUCCGCCGCGGCCGGCGCAGACCGGGCGAAUACUCCGGCGAGGUCACUGGAGGUCCAUGGCCUGCCCUCGUGAGCCGGGAUCCGGGGGGCGCUGCACCGCCUACGUGGUGCGGGUGCUCCGGUUCACCGGCUUGGCCGGGCGGCCGCUGGCGGCGGGGCGGGCGGCCGUAUCGAUCUACACGCUUUGUGGCGGAAGCAUGGCUUGUUUGGCGCCGCUCCGCCGAUCGCCGUGGCUUUUUCAGGGCCCAGCUAAGCAAAAUCAUACAGCUGCCUUUGAAGACUAGAUCGGCGUCUUCCCGUGUGGCUGGCUGCUGGCGCGCUUCCGACCAAACCGCCCAGGGAUUCCGUGCAUUUGUUAUGUAGAAAAAUAUAUGUGAGAGGAAGAUUGAGAUUAAUGGGACAAUUGUGGCUUGGUGAUUUAGUGACCAAUCCAAUUCUCUAAAGAUAAGUAAAGACCAAAUCCCAUCAAAUUAGAAUCGAUCAUAAUCUGGUAUAAUUUAUUUAUUGAAUUAGUGUUCACAUGACAAACUAAUCAUGUGCUGGGGGAAGAAAAUGACAACUGUAUGGCUCACCAUUUAACCCCAUCUUGCUUUGGCCAAUGCCCACCACUUUGUCAAUCCCCAUUGCUUGCAGUAUCGCUACAGCUUCUUUAUGGUUUCUUGUUCUGGAAGGGAAAAAAGAAUUUAUGCCAUAAUACUGAUCAGGAGCAGUGCUAUUCAUUAGCUUGACGGAAGUUUAUUUACAAGGAAAAACAAAUCAACUAAGACAUGUACUUAGAAUUGAAGUUCAACAUUGCUACGCUAUUGCUUCCUAGAAGGUUUCAAUUUCUUCCUUGAUCAUGAAGCGCUCAUCUACCAUCUUCAGUUGAUGUUCAACAAUUUUCCUAUUUGUCUCCUUCCAUUAUUCCAAACUGUGUAUGUUCCUAUUGUUAUUAUCCUCCUUCUCCUGCUUUAUUUUUCCUACCGUCAGUGCAUUCCCAUGAUGCCAGAGUAUAACCAUAAUUUGUUGGAUAGAGAUUAAUGUCCAGCCAAACAGAGAUCUUGGGCCAAAGUUGUUUGGAGAAUGGCCAUUGAUGAAGCAAGUGUUUUGCUUUUUCCUGUACUUGAUCACAUAAUUGAAAAAUAUCAUCAUUCAGAAAUCAUCUUGCUUGUAGUUUGUGAGCUGUUAAUAUUUUCUCCUGCAAUAGUAGCCACAUGAAGAACAUAAGGUUUUGUUAUGUUUCCAACCUCCAGAUACUAGCUAGGCAUGUUUGCUGAACAGCGCAACAAAUUGUACUCUAUAAUCUGAUCUAGCACUGUGGAUUCCAGAAUGGCAGAAUGAUGUCCAUUUCCAGGUUAUGGAGUUUGGAUGGUCAUUAGAACUUAUAUUUUGCAAUUUUAUCCACAAGUAGAAGAUUGCCAGGAAGUUAACAUUUUUACUUCUAUGCAAUCCUCUCAUCCUUUUGUUGCCUGUAAAAUUUCGAAGGAUUUCUCAGCAUAAUAAAACUCACAAAAUCGAAAUUUUCGAAGGAUUUUUCAGGACAUAUGAAUUAUCUAUGAGUGUGCUGGAUUGAAGUUGGUAUCCCCAGCAGUUCAUGUUGUGCCCAUGCUUUUGUUUUGUUUGGGCUGUAUAAGACUCUCUAUUUGUUCCUUUUGGCUUUCUCCAAAAAACCGGGGAAUUUCUGAUUACAUGGCUGAGUUUUCAGCAAUGAGUUCUGUAGGAUGGAUUGUUUCACCUAUCAUUCGUAAAAUGGUUUCUGUGGUGCAGUCCUAUAUAUCAAGCCAGUUCACCUGGAAGUCUGAGAUGAUGUCUGAUCUCAAGAAUUUGGAGUCCACUUUGGUACAGAUUUUGUUGGUGGUUGGCGCAGCGGAAAGACGAAGUAGAAAAGACAGUAGUCAAGUGAUGUCAUUGCACCAAAUGAAAGAUGCAGUCUGUGAAGCUGAUGAUGUCUUGGAUGAGUUUGACUAUCUGAUCAAAGAAAAGAUUGAAGACCUAGGCAUGUUCUCAUCUGUUCUCUCUAUUGGCAAGCGUUUAGUUAGCAUUGAUAAGCUCAGAUCAAAAUUACAAGAAGUUAUAAAAACACUGGGCAGAGUUAGAGCUUCCGCAGAGAUGUUUGCUCAAGUUAUGGCAGGGGAGGUCUCUAGCUUCAGUCAGUCUCCUGAGUAUGCUCCAGCAAGAGCCACAGGAUCUCUUUUGCGUGAAGAUACAAUUUUUGGACGGAAGAAUGAGAUUGAUGAACUAGUAAGUAUAUUGGUGAAGGAUUGUGAUGAACAUUUGUCUUAUGAUUGUCAGUUAUUUAAUACAGUGGUGCAUUCUAUUGUUGGUGUUGGGGGCAUCGGCAAGACUACACUAGCACAAGCUAUUUACAAUGAUGAGCGGAUUACUGAGAUUUUUGAUCUGAAGAUAUGGGUUUGUGUCUCCCAUAAUUUUGACAAAACUAGACUAACUAAGGAGAUCAUAGCAUGCACAGCUGGCACAGAACAUAUUGAAUUGGCCAGUUUCAAUUUCAGUAUGCUCCAAGAAAAGCUUCGAGAUAGACUGAUGUGCAAAAGGUUUCUUCUAGUGCUGGAUGAUGUGUGGUAUGAUGAAAGAGUUGGAGAGCACAUGAACAGAGAAACGUGGAAGGAGUUGAUAGCUCCCAUAAGAAAUAUAUAUAUAAGUUCUGAGGCUUUAGAGAGAAAGAGAACAGGAAGCAAAAUACUAGUGACAACCCGGGCAGAAUUGGUAGCAAAAAUGCUAGAUUCGAGAAGCUUAUUUUUCUUGCAGGGCCUUGGAAAAGAUGACAGCAGAAUGCUCUUCCGGAAAUGUGCAUUUGGAAACAGGAAUCCAGAAGAUUACCCAGAGUUGAAGAUAAUUGAGGACCAAAUUGUUGAAAACCUAAAAGGCUCAGCUCUAGCCAUUAAGGUGACUGGAGGCCAUUUAAGUGGCAAAUACAACGCUCUGGAAUGGAACAAAAUUCUUCAGAAAAGUGUACUCAACCCUAAUGACAUUAUGACAAUCUUACGCUCAAGUUAUGAAAGCUUACCAAAUUAUCUUCAGCAGUGUUUUACGUACUGCAGUUUAUUCCCUAAAGGUUACCGCAUUGAUCCAAACAGGCUGAUCCAUAUGUGGGCAGCUCAGGGUUUUGUUCAUUCAGACAGAAAUAUCAAUACUAGUCUGGAGGAUAUUGGCAGAGGCUAUUUCAAUGAUUUGCUACAGCGCUCAUUUUUCCAAGUGUUCCGAUGUGGAGACCAAAUUUACUAUAUUAUGCAUGAUGUAUUGAAUGAUCUGGCACUUCAUGUUUCUGGGGGCGAAUGCCAUAGGAUUGAACAUGGCAGUCCGAGUGAGUUACCCCAUCAUAUUAGGCAUUUGUCUGUUUCUGCUGAACUCCUGGAAAAUUUUGUGAGUUUUGGUAGUUUGGGAAGAUUGCGUUCACUACUAGUUUUUAACAAGUCUUGGUUUUGCUCAAAACUCAGCCUCACUCAUGGUAUACUUGCCAAGCUGAAGGGGGUGCGGGUGCUGGAUGUAAGUGGCUGUUGCAUGAAACGCUUGCCUGAUGCUGUGUACAAUCUCAUUCACCUCCGUUUCCUAGCUAUACAGCGGACAUGUUACACACUACCUAAAACAAUUUCUAGACUUCAUCAUCUAAGGGCCUUGUUUGUACAGUAUCAUUCAUGUUAUUCCUCUGGAAAAUUUAGCUCACAUUGUUCCUCUCACAAACUUUUGAAUCUUUCAUGGGGGCAAGUGAACAUAGCUGGAGGUUGUUUCAGUCUUCCUGAAAGCAUUAACAGACUCAGUAACUUGGUGCAUGUUGAUAUAGAGAAGUCAUAUGCUCUCAUGCUAACAGGCAUGCAUCAACUUCCAUGUGUUGAAGGUUCAGGAGAAUUUCAUGUUGGCAAGAAGGGGCAAAGUAUUGUUGGGCUGAAGGAUCUGAAUGAACUUCGUGGAGAGCUUGCAAUUAGAUUGCUGGAGAAUGUGAAAACAAAAGAGGAAGCUGCUAAGGCCAAUCUUGAGCUAAAGAAGCACAUAAGAAAGCUGGAGCUAGAAUGGGGAUCGGGUGACCAUGAUGGUCACACUAGCAAUGGUUGUGAUGUGCUUAAUGUGCUAAAGCCGCACCCUAAUCUUGUCGAGCUAACUAUAAGUGGAUAUCCAGGUGCUACUUCUCCCACCUGGUUGAAUUCUGGUUGGCUGAGCAGUUUGCAAUUGAUUUGCUUACGUGAUUGUAAAAAAUGGGAGGUACUUCCACCUUUAGGGGAUCUACCAUUGCUUAAAGCUCUUGAAGUUCGGAGAAUGGAUGAAUUAAAAAUACUAGAUCAGGAGUUCUUGGGCCGUAAAGGAUUCCCCUCAUUGGAGAGACUGCUGCUGGAACGCUUGCCCAAACUAGAAUGGAGUAUUGUAGAGAACGACCAGUUGUUUCCUGCUCUCAGAGAUCUCUCAUUUUCUGGAUGCCCAAGGUUAAGAGAAUACCCGACCUAUGUGCGUACCCUCAGACAUAUUGCUAUACUUGAUAAGGAACAAAUCCACUUCAAGGUUUUUAUGGACAACUUUGAACUCACAAGAUCAUUUUGCUGCCUGUUGUCAAGCUUCUUCUAUGUCUUGCGUGUUCAUCACCUAGAGUUUGUUGAAAAGCUGAAGAUCUACGUAGAUCAUUUGAGAGACAUUCCUAAGGUAGCCUUCAAUAAUAUGAAGCAACUCAAAGAGCUCACAAUAUUUGGUUUAGGAUCAUCUUGGGAGAAUACAUACCCCAUAAUUAGCACAUUGUGGGAUGAGGAUGGGGUUACUGUGCUUCCUACAUCACUUCAACGUCUUGAACUAAUAAAGUGUCAGUUGCGAGCAAGUUCUUUAUCCAAGUUGCUGAACAACCUCGUAUGCCUCGACACACUAGACCUUGGACCUUGUGAUACAGUUGGAAUGCCAUCUCAAUUAUCAUUAAGCAUGCACCAGUUGAGGAUGCUCAGACAAUUAAACAUAUACAAAUGUUAUUGGCUGAUGUCACUCGAGGGAUCACAAUCCCUUGUCUCCCUCAAAGAGUUGAGAUUGGAAAAUUGUGAUAAUUUGGAAUCUGUACCAGACAUGGAUAACAUGCCAUCCCUCCAAAUUUUACUUUUACGAAGUUGCCCCCAAGUGACACGACUAUAUCAAUCUGGUUGCCACACAGCUUUGGAGGAAUUGAGAAUUGAAUCCUGUGAUGGGCUAGCAUCACUAGAAGAUUUGAAUGAACUUGUUUCCCUUAGAAAGAUGAAGGUUAUAGAAUGCUCUGCUCUCAUAUCGCUGCCUGAUAUGAGCACCUUUUAUUCACUAAAGAUUCUUGUAAUUGGUCGAUGCACUCAACUUAGGGCACUGCCGAGGAAUGGUCUCCCUGUAUCACUUAAAGCUUUCUUCUUGAUAGAAGGCCAUCCAUUAUUAGGCAAGCAGUUUGAGCUGAAAAAUGGUCCUGACUACAACAAGGUUGCUGCCCUUUCUGGAUGCAUGCGUCAUACAAAUCAGAGGAAAGUUUGGGAGUACUGGUCGAAAUUCUGAACUGGCAACCAAGCGAAACUGUUGUGGACAAGUUCUGAUCUGGCAACCAAGCUAAACUACUAUCGCUUCUUAGCGUUUACAUUGACUGUUUAUGGGGAUCGGAGAAUUUGAAGAUCACCAGAGUGGUCAGCACUUGUUAAGUUGCAUGUUUUCAUGAGGAUUAUGAUGGGUUGCACUGGCUUGAGGAGCGAUCUAGUUACCCAGAUAAAUUUGGGUGUCAGGGUGGCAAAUGGCAUGCGUCCCCUGCGUUGUGCUGCUGUUCCUGUGCAAAUUCCAAUUGCAUGCUGCAAUUUGGGUUUUCCAUGUGCCAAUGUUACUGAAAUGGUGCACCGUUCGGUUUCUGAUUAUGCAAAUGUGCUCAUGAUUCAAUCGGCAAAAUCCAAUGCCCACGUUGUUCUCUUCGCUCUAUAUUGUUCCUGUUUAAAAUGUAGAAAAGCUCAGUUGUUGCUAAAGUGGAAUUACUGGAUUUCAAUUCAAUGGCUAUAAUGAUUAUUCUAGGGGUAUGCAACUAACAAA